AUGGCUCCAAGGCUUCUCUGGAUCGGCCUCGGUAACAUUGGAAGGGGUAUGUGCAAGAAUCUCGUGGAGAAAUCCAACCUGGAUGAACCGCUCCUCAUCUACAACCGCACCGCCAAACGAGCGAUAGCACUGAGUCAGAGCUUGCCCGCUGGCAAGACAGAGGUUACCGAGUCGCUUGGUGACGCCAUCACCAAAGCUGACAUCAUCUUCACGUGCGUAGCCAACGACCAGGCAGUGGACGAGAUCUUCGCGGUCGCAGUGCAGCAAGACCUCAAAGGCAAGGUCUUUGUGGAAUGCUCAACCAUCGCCCCCGGGACCUCCGAGGCCGCCGCGAAGUCCGUUCUGGACAAGGGCGCUGACUUUGUUUGCGCCCCUGUUUUUGGUGCGCCCGCCAUGGUGGCUGCUGGUAAUGCAACCCUCGUUCUGGCGGGCCCCAAGGCCUCGAUCGAGAAGAUCCGGCCCUAUGUCCGUGUCAUGGCAACUCGCGAGAUCAACAUGGCUGACGAGCCGUACCACAAGGCCGCGACCCUGAAGGUGCUGGGGAACACUGUCAUACUGGGCAUGGUCGAGCAGUUGGCAGAGACUUAUGUAGCGGCCGAGAAGAGCGGGCUUGGAACAGACUACGUUAAGCAAUUCGUUGACGCUCUCUUCGGUGGAAGCCCAUACCCUGCGUACUCGGUGCGGAUGUUGGAGGGUGAUUACUAUAAGAGACAAGAGCCGCUAUUCGCGGUGGAUCUGGCGAGGAAAGAUGCCGGCCAUGCCAUCGCCAUCGCCAAGGCCGCUGGCACGCGCUUGCCCAACAUUGAAACCGCCGACAAACACCUCCAGAUUGUCAAGGACCAUGCAGGGCCAUCUGGUGACAUAGCGGGUAUUUAUGGUGCCGUGAGGAAGGAAGCUGGCCUCAAGUUUGAAAAUGACUCUUGA